CUUGAUUAGAUUCAUUUAUGACUUUGUAACUAAUGUCAUUUUACAGACUACGUUUUUAACUUGAUUUGUAAAAAUAAUGCCCAAGUUUGAAACAUUUCACAGUUUUCUAUUAAAAAAUAAAAUUUAUUUAAUUAAAAUGUUUAAAAAACUUAAAGUAACAAUUGGAAAAAAUGAGGAAUCAAAAUUAAAACCUAAGACAGGCAACCAAGAAUCGUCUUCAUGGAGUGGAUUUUCUUCUGUAUCACCCAAUAUUAAUGAUUCACAAUUCUGUAUUGAUGAUGAAACAGAUGAUACAUCUAAAGAUUCUCCAGCACGUGUAGCUGUUAGUGAAAGUACUACUGUUGAUCUCAAUAAAUUUAAUCAAUCUUCAUCAUCUUUGGUAAUAGAUAAUCACUCAUCAUUUCAUACUGAUUUAGAAUCAGCUAGUGAGUUUGAUGAUAAUGUUAGUGUUGUGUCAGAGUAUGCAAAUGAUAUUACUAAAGAAAAUUUGUAUGCAGCCUAUAAAAAACUUUUUGGACGUUAUUAUAAAAAUAAAAAUAAGUAUCUAGAAUUAAAUAGUAAAUUUAAGCAGAUGCUAUUAACACAUGAUAAAGACAAAAUAACUAUGACAAAAGCCCAAGAUAAAUUACUUCAACGAAUCGUUGAGCUUAAAGAGCAAUGUACUCUAGAACAGGCUGCUAAAGCACAUAUGGAAGAAGCACUGAGAAAUGAUAUUGAAGAACGUGAUCAUAUAAUUUCUACUUUAAAUACUAAGAUUGAUCUAUUAAAAAAAAAAGAUGAAAAUGAUGAAUCUGAUACAUCUUUAUCAGAUGUAAUAGAGUUGCAAGAGAAGUGUAAAAAGUUAAACAAUGAACUUAUUUCAUCAAGAUCUGAGUGUGAUUUGUUACAAAAACAAAUAGAAACUUUAAAAAAAAGUGAAGAAAAUACAUUGCUAACAUUAGCUGAAAACAAAAAAGAAAUACAUAAAGAACUAGAACUAAAAGAAGACCAAAUAAAAAAAUUGGAAAAAAUUAUAAAUGGAUUGCAAAUGGAAAAUAAAAUUUUAUCUAAAGGUAAUAUGGUUGAAUCAUUUUCAAAUCCAAAUCAGAUAAAAAUUGAAAAAAAUUUACAACAAGAAAUAUCAAAUCAAAUAUCUGACAUAGAAGGCGAAAUGGCUCUAUUGUUCAAACAAAAAGAAAAUAAAGUGAAAGAAUUAGAAAAAAAAAUAGAACUAUUGGAGCAACAAUUAGAAGUUAAUUCAAAAUUAAACAAAGAAUAUAAUUAUAAAGACAAAGAAGUAGAAAAACUUAAAUCUGAAUUAGCUCUUUUGGAACAGAAUUUAAAUGAUGAAAAAUUAUCUUCAACUAAAAAAAUAGACACAUUUAUUAAAGAAAUCGGAGAAAAAUCUCAAAUAAUUAAAAAAUUAUCAUUAGAUUUAAAAGAUUUUAGUAAAAACAAAAUUGAUAAUGAAAAAUCAGAAAAGCAAGUGUUAAAUUUGAGGAAUGAUAUUAAUAGAAUUCAAAAACUAUUAGAUGACAAAAGUGUUAUAAUCAGUAGUUUAGAAAAACAAUGUAUUAAUAUUGAUGAACUAAAAUCAGAACAGUUACAUCAAUUAAAUGAAAAAAUAAAACAUUUAGAAGAAAAAUGUAUUGAAAAAAAAAAUUUAACUUCUAAUCUAAAAAAUGAAAUGGGAGAGUUAAAAUUAAAAAAUAACUUUUUAAAGAAAUCAGAAGAGGAACUUAAGUUACAAAUAAUUGAGCAUGAUAAAUCUAAUAAAAAAUUACAAGAAAUUAUUAAAGUAGUUCAAGACGAGAAAGAACAAGAAACAAAUACUAUGAAAAAAAUGAUUGAACAAAAUCAAAGAGAGUUUGACAAUUUAAAUAGCUUGCAUAAAGAAAUGUUAACCCAGUUAAAUCAGGAUAAGUUUAAUAAAAUAUCUGAAGAACGUACUAUUGAGUCUGUAGUAAGAGAUUUUAGCUUACUUAUAGAAGAAAAUUCAUUUUUGAAAAAAGAACGACAAAAAAUGAUUUUAGUUGUGCAAGAUAUAUUAAAAAAUACAAAAAAAGAUGUAUUUAAUUUAAAGUCUUAUGUUUUUAAUCAAUUAACAGAGUGGUUUUCAAUAUUCGAAAGGGAUAUUAUUGGUUUAAAAUCUGAAUAUAGUAAAAAUAUAAAAUAUUUUAAUGAUAAUUUAGAAGAUUCAAGAGAUAAAAUAGUAUUAAUUAAAAAAUCUUUUCAUAUUUUAAAAACUGAUUUUGCACAAAUAAUUAAUUUAUUUAAUAAUAAUGUCUUAGAAAAGAGCAUUGAAAAUAUAAUUACUGAAGUGUAUAAGUAUAAUGAAAAGUUAGAAAAAAAGAAACAUGAACUAAUUGAAUUACAAAAAGAAUUUGAUGACUUCAAAAAAAAUGAACAAAUUGCAGUGAAAAGUGAUAUGGUAAAUACUCUUCAUGAUUUGCAAGAAAAAUUAAAUGCUCAAAUUAAAACAAUAAGUGAUUUAAAAAAUGAGCAUGAAAAUUAUAAAGCGGUAGAAAAAAAGAAAUGGACUGACAAGUUGGUUGAAACUGAAAAUAAAUGGGUUGAAAAAAUGGAUAAUUAUAAAAAAAUGAUGGAUACAUCACAUAGAGAAGAAAUUGAUGCUUUAACUGGAGAAUGGAAUAAUGAACGUAAACAUCAAGCAGAGUUAAACAUUUCUGAAAAAAAACAUGAUGAGGAUCUUGAAAAAAUUGUACUAAAUGUUGAGACAUCAUCUCAACGUGAAGAAGUAUUACAACGUCAAGUUAACAAACUUAAUAAAGAGCUUUCAGAGAUUAAGAAAAUGUUUAGAAAUGAAUUUCAUAACAAAUCCAACACCAACGAAGAAGAUGAAAAUAUUGAAAAGAGCUACGUGGAAAUGGAAUUUCUCAGAAAUAUUCUUUAUGAGUAUAUGAUGGGAAAGCAGCCUAUGGUGUUAGCUAAAGUAUUGGCUGCUAUUGUCAAGUUUGAUACUGAACAAUUAAAAUCAGUUCUCCAAAAGGAAGAACAGAAAGUUUCCUUAUUGAAAACUCUUGGUUUAUCCUGAUACCACUGUUAAUUAUUUUUGGAUUACAUGAAGAUUUGUAAAUGUACCACUAUCUAUUUGAAAUCAACAAAAGUAAUUCUUUUUUAUUCCCUCCAACAUUACAUUACUCGAUAAUUCCUAACUUAUUUCUUAAAUUGUAAUUUAUGUGACAGAUACAUAAAUAUAAAGUGUUGACAUCACAAAAUAUGUUACCAUCAUUUAGCUAAUCUUAAAACUAAUUAUUUAUUAUAAAUAAACUAAAAAUACAGUUUAACAUUUUAUGUAUUUAGAUUUAUAACCUUGCAUUAUCUUUUUUUCUAUUAUUAUUAUGAUUCUAUUUAAAAUAAUUUUUAGUUAAGUGUAUAAAAAUAUAAACAUGAUAAAAUAUAAUGUAUUUAUUUACACUUAUUGAAUACCAAUUUAGGUAGGUAAUUAUAUAACGUUGGUUGUAUUAUUUUGUUUUAUUGAAUUUUUUUAAGUUAAUUAAUGCUGUUUUAAUGUAAUUUAAAUUAAGUAUAUUUUAUAAAAAAAAAUUCCAUUGUUAUGCUAUUAUAAUAUUUAUAAAAUUAAUAAAAAAAAUUUUAAGUACAAACAA